AUGUCUCACGAAGAGGAUCUCAUCGACUACUCCGACGAGGAAAUCGGCGGCAACGAGACCGCCGCUGCCUCCAACGGCAAGAAGGGUGACCCCGCUGCCGGCAACAAUGUCGACAAGAAGGGCAGUUACGUCGGCAUUCACUCGACCGGCUUCCGCGACUUCCUGUUGAAGCCUGAAUUGAUUCGAGCCAUCGGCGAUUGCGGUUUCGAGCAUCCAUCGGAGGUUCAGCAAACUUGCAUUCCCCAGGCACUCCUCGGUGGUGAUAUCAUUUGCCAGGCCAAGUCGGGUCUUGGAAAGACUGCUGUCUUCGUCCUGGCUACUCUGCAGCAAAUUGAGCCCGUUAAUGGCGAGGCCUCUGUUGUCGUCAUGUGUCACACUCGUGAGCUGGCCUACCAGAUUCGCGAUGAGUACAACCGAUUUAGUAAAUACAUGCCCGACAUCAAGACUGGCGUCUUCUAUGGUGGUACUCCCAUCAACAAGGACAUCGAAACCAUCAAGAACAAAGAUACCUGCCCCCAUAUCAUUGUCGGUACUCCCGGUCGACUUAAGGCUCUUGUUCGGGACAAGGCACUUCGACUUGGAAGCGUUCGUAUCUUCGUUCUUGAUGAGUGCGACAAGAUGCUGGAGCAACCUGGAACCUCGGAUGGAUUCAUGUCUGACGAUGAAAUCAUAGAUAUGCGCACUGAUGUGCAGGAUGUCUUCCGCGCCACGCCCCAGCAGAAGCAGGUUAUGAUGUUUUCGGCCACCCUCUCAGACAGCAUCAAGCCUAUCUGCCGCAAGUUCAUGCAAAACCCCACAGAACACUAUGUGGACGAGGAUACCAAGCUCACGCUCCACGGUCUUCAGCAAUACUACAUCAAGCUCGAGGAGAAUGAGAAGAACCGAAAGUUGAAUGAUCUUCUUGAUGAGCUUCAGUUCAAUCAAGUCAUCAUUUUCGUCAAGAGCACUCGUCGUGCAAACGAGCUCGACAAGCUGCUGCGCGAAUGCAACUUCCCAUCCAUCGCUGUCCACUCCGGUGUCAGCCAAGAGGAACGUAUCCGCCGCUACAAGGAAUUCAAGGAGUUCAAGAAGAGAAUUUGCGUUGCUACCGAUGUUUUCGGCCGUGGUAUUGAUAUUGAACGUAUCAACCUGGCUAUCAACUACGAUCUCACUACCGAAGCCGACUCUUACCUCCACAGAGUUGGUCGUGCCGGCCGUUUCGGUACCAAGGGUCUGGCCAUCUCCUUCGUCAGCAGUGAGGAGGAUGCCAACGUGCUUAAGGAGAUUGAGAAGCGUUUCGAGGUUGCCCUUCCUGAAUUCCCCAAGGAAGGUGUUGAUGCUAGCACCUACAUGGCAUCUUAA